AUGUGUGAGGAGGAGCAGCGAGGAGGCGCGAGACAGAGAGUGUGUGGAGGAGGAGGAGGUCAGAGAGUGUGGAGGAGGAGGUCAGAGUGUGUGGAGGAGGAGGUCAGAGAGGUAGAGGAGGAGAAGCUCAGAGAGUGUGGAGGAGGAGAAGCUCAGAGAGUGUGGAGGAGGAGAAGCUCAGAGAGUGUGGAGGAGGAGAAGCUCAGAGAGUGUGGAGGAGGAGAAGCUCAGAGAGUGUGGAGGAGGAGAAGCUCAGAGAGUGUGGAGGAGGAGAAGCUCAGAGAGUGUGGAGGAGGAGAAGCUCAGAGAGUGUGGAGGAGGAGAAGCUCAGAGAGUGUGGAGGAGGAGAAGCUCAGAGAGUGUGGAGGAGGAGAAGCUCAGAGAGUGUGGAGGAGGAGAAGCUCAGAGAGUGUGGAGGAGGAGAAGCUCAGAGAGUGUGGAGGAGGAGGUCAGAGAGUGUGGAGGAGGAGGUCAGAGAGUGUGGAGGAGGAGGUCAGAGAGUGUGGAGGAGGAGGUCAGAGAGUGUGGAGGAGGAGGUCAGAGAGUGUGGAGGAGGAGGUCAGAGAGUGUGGAGGAGGAGGUCAGAGGAGGUCACAGUGUGCGGAGGUGGAGGAGAAGGAGGAGGAGGUCACAGUGUGCGGAGGAGGAGGAGAAGGAGGAGGUCAGAGUGUGGAGCUGCUGACCUCACCCCUGUAUGACCCCAAACCCUCCCCUGAGUGUGCACCAGUGAGAGCUCUUUCACUGGUUCUUGUGGUUCCACGAGGAGAGCGUGGUAACCAUUUGUGGUCGGUCCGCUCCUGUGGAGAUGUGAGAGUCAGGUCUGUGGAGCAGGGAGUCUCCCUCAAACACUGCAGCAGCUUCAUGGAGCUAAAACAAAAAAGAACCAGAGCUUAA